AUGGUGGAAUACGCACUUGCGGGCCAUGGCGCCGGUAUGUUAAUUGAUCGGGAUUCGUAUAGAAAUCGCCAAUGGCCAGAAGAUGGUUCGAUUGAUGCGAUUUACAAGGACUGUGGAUGUACAGUGAUACGAAAAUGUCAAUUGCAUGAUGAUCUCAUGACGCAUCACUUUCUUAUUUCUGAUCCACUUUCGGAUCCACGUGAUGUUAUCGAAUUUCGUGAGGAGCAACAGGCAAACCGACCGGAAACCAUGGGAAAUUAUAUUCUUUACCAAGAACUAUUAGAUCGAUAUCCACAUUAUGUUCUACGAGGUUCGGCCAAAUCGGGAGAUACAUUUUAUCGACAAAAACAUUCACGUUUUGGUUAUCUGCCGUCGUAUCGUGUCUGUUCGAAUGAAUUGUAUGAUCAACAAAAACAAUGGACUUUGAAAGAGCCAACAAAUGCGACGUACUCUCCACCACCUACAAUACCGGAAAAUCUCGCGCUAGGAGAUGAACUCUCAUUUGGGAAAAACAAUCAACGAACCGCUUUCCCGUCGUUACCAUCACGACGAAAUGCAACGUGUGAUCAGGCAGCGUCACGAUCCUAUCAUCGUAGUAAUUAUUUUUAUGAUCAAGCUUUUUUCAACAAGAAAUAUAUACACGCAGGCUCUUUUAUUUUUACUUUUAUUUUUUAUAUUCCUUAUAUCUUAAUCUAA